GAAGGGAAUUGUCAGGUUACAGAUCGUUAAAAUUCAACUUAAGUUUUUCUCUUGUCUAUGCCACCGUUAGAACAAAAGAAUAAAUAAAUAUAUAUACAUACAUUUAUUCUACACUGUUAAAAUAUCAUUUCAAAAUGGGGAAAGCUAUGUCUCGUAUGAACAAGUUUUGGUAUAGAUUCAAUGCUGAAAAUAGAGCUCAGAGGAUCCUCUCAGAAGAAAAACCAACUGUAGCUCCUAAGCACCCCUCUUCUCUUAAAGGAAUCCAACAAAUCCUAUCAGAUGAAACCUAUGACAAGGAGAAGGCUAUGAGAAAAGACGCAGUCUUGAAUGAGUAUCUUAAAAAGGUUUUUGUGGUGUCACAUGACCAAGUUGUGGAUGAUAGGUUUAAAAAACCUUCAGAUAAAGCAAGGUUGCCUACUGAACGAACUACUCCAGUAUCGCCAGAAUUAGGAUACAUUGAACCAAUCAAUAUUCCUAAAGGAAAAGUUACAUUAAAACAGUUGAUGGAGGUACUUACUCAUCAUCGUGAACAUCCUGAAGUGUACACUGUAGAGAGGAUAUCUGAUCAGUAUAAAAUAUCAAAUGAAAAUGCUAAAAACAUUCUUGAAUAUUUGAGCGUAUUUAGUAUUUAUAUGAAGGAGCAAACACCCACUCUUUCUGCUGGUCAUAAAAUAUCUAAAUUCUUUCAAUCUCAGAAAAGUUCUCAAAAAGCUUUGGAAGAUAAAUAAUGCCAAAAAUGUAGUUUUAGUAUUUUGUAGUUUGUAAAUAAAUAAAUAGGUUAUCAAAUUUUAA